CAUCCCGGCCACAGGUUGCGUGAGCGCCAAACCUCUGCCCAAAGUCCAUUACUUUAGUUAGCUUAGCCAUCUUGCUAGCAAGAUAGCCGGACUAGUACAAUGCAUGGGCGUAGGCCGUUCAGCUAUACAGAUCAGUGGGAAAGGCUAUUUAGGAAAAUGGCGCGUUAGCAGCUAGUUAGCUAUGUACCACUUGAUCUCCUGAUUGUAACUAGUUACACUGCACUGCCCAUACCCACAGAAACGUUGCGAGGAGAAAAACUGAGUGCAAACUUGCUGUACAUUACUUUUAACUAGUACGUUAGUUAGCUAGCUAACGCAGCGUUUCUGUGGAUAUGGGCAAUGUAGUGCACUAGUUACAGCCAGGAGACCAGGUGUAACGAUAGCUAGCUACUAGUUAAAAGUUAUGCAAAGCAAGUUUUCAGUCAGGUUUUUCUCCUCGCCUUUUAAAUGUGUAGGGACCAAGUAGGAAAGAURGCUAGCUAGUAACCGUGGGUUUCAAUGAGCCCCAUGCAGUGCCCCCCUUUCUAACUAUGACAGAAUAACUGAAUAACACGUUGGAGGUUUAAAUUAAACCAUACAGCCAUUGGCUGAAACUGAGAGGCAACUGAACUGAAUCUGUUUAUAGGCAUGGUCUGCCCUGAGAGCAUCUUAUCCAUAUUCUACCUUGUCCUAUCUGUCCUCCUGUAUUAGGUUACACUGGGAGAGGAGUCAGGAUGGCACAAACCGAGGUGACGACAGUCUCCAUGGGGGACUUGAUGGUGAUGAGGGCUGCUGAGGAAGAUGAUGGUGAUGACAAUGAAAGCAAGACACAGGUCAUCCUCCAGCUACAACCAAUCACAGCAAGUAUGGAUGAGUCGGGAGAGGCAGACACAGCUGUUGUGGCUGUGGAGUCACACCCAGAAACAACAGUUGACGGGGAGGACGUAGAGUUGGGCUAUCCCAUCACAUGUGGAGAGUGUAAAGCUGUGCUACUGGUCAAGAAGUUUGUCUGUCCUGGAAUAAACGUAAAAUGUGUCAAGUAUGAAGACCAGCUGAUCAGUCCCAAGCAGUUUGUCCACAUGUCUGGGAAGGCUACACUGAAAGACUGGAAGAGAGCUAUCCGGAUGAGCGGGGUCAUGCUCAGGAAGAUGAUGGACUCGGGGCAGCUAGACUUCUAUGAACACAGCACUCUGUGCACCAACACGUGUCGAAGCACCAAGUUUGACCUGCUGAUCAACAACACGCGCUUCCCCCCUGACGGCAGCGGCCUCACCACACCCACCUCCUCACAAGCCCAGGUGGUGAUUGGUAAUGGUGGCCAGGUUGCCAUGACAACAGAGGAGAGGUCAGAGGUUCUGACCGGAACAGUGGAUUGGAGUUCUGGGGCCGUAGCAGUGGAGACAACAGAGAAGAAGGAAACCAGUGAGAUAUCAGAGGAGACGUUGAACUUCUGGAGAGGCAUAGCUGAUGUAGGCCUGAUGGGGGAGGUGGUGGACAACAUCAGGACAGAGCUGCUGGAGAUGCUGAGAGGAGUGCAGUUACGCAGCGAGCAGGCUGCCAUGCAGGACGCAGAUUCCUGUCUGGUAGAGGUGGCAGUGUUGAGUAACCUGGCCCAGGUGUUCGGCCUGCUGGACUCGGUCAAACACAUCCUGAGCGUAAGGAGAGAACAGACUGACCCUGGAGAGGAGCAGGUCAUUAGCACACUGACCAACCUGGAGAUGCAGCUGGAGGAACAGAGACGACAGCAGCACGUCAGAGCUCAGCUCUGCCACCCUCAGCCACUCAACAACAUCAGCCACAUCCCAGGAGGCAAACCCACCAAGCCCAAGGCCAAACGCCCCCGUCUGCAGCGGCCAGCCUCCACCACCACCCUCCUCACCUCCUCCCUCUCCCAGCCCCAGACAGCCACCCUGCAGCCCCAGCAGUUCACUAUCCUCUCCCCCAUUUCAUUCUCCUCCAUGGGCCAGCCCUUCUCCCUGUCAGGCCUCCCAAUGGCCACGCUGGGUCAACAGAACAACACGGUAACCCUUCACACUCUGCCCGCCGGCGCUCAGACCUUCACCCGAUACAUCACCACCAUGGUGGGGGCCGACGGCAAGACGGAGACCCUGACGCUGCACCCUUCCCAGGGGCUGACGCUAGUGGGCACCACCCUCCAGGACCCCAGUCAGCUGGGAGGAACCAUGAUGAGUCCCAUGGAGCUGGUCCAACUCACCCAGGGAGGGGUGACCGACGGUGGGGAGAUGAUGGUGGAGCAGCCCAUGGGCCAGGUUGUGGAGAUGGGGAUGGUACAGGAGGGAUUGGUGGAGGGGGUUGAGGACAAGAGCCAGGCACACACCACCGUGAUUGAGAUCGACCCCACGCCGGGCGACCAUGACCAGACCAUGGGGGCGGUGAUGGAGCUACAGCUGGCCCAAGAAGGAGAGGCCGAGGCUGGGGAGGAGGGCUCUGCCGUAGUGGUCCAUACUGGGAUGGAGGUGACCAUGGUCUCGGAGGGGGUUGAGGGAGGGGAGGAGAUGGUGAUGCAGGGAGAGUCGGAAGAUGCCCAGGGGGAUGUGCUUGAGGCUGGGCAGCAGAGCCAGGUAGAGGGUGUACAGCUGGAUGCUAAUGGGCAGAUCUCAGGCCUAAGGAUAAUGGUGAUCGAGUAGGAGACUCAGGAAGAGGACAAGGACAAAUGAUCCAGCUCAGCUCUGCAGACAAAGACAAUACCCUAUCCUUCCCCUGGAGCCAUGUGAGACAGUAGGGAUGGACUAGCCUGGUCCCAGAUCUGUUUGUGCUGUCUUGCCAUCUUGCUGUGACAAUUAUCGUAGGAGCUGGCAAGAUGGCACAAACAGAUCUGAGACCAGGGAUAUGAACUCAUGGACAGAACAUAAAAGAGAAUACGCAGGCAGACUUGUGGUGUGAUCAAGUGUGUGGAGUGUACACCGAACGCUGCCAAAGACCUAGCCUUUUUAGUGUAGCUGUGGUCCUUAGCAGCUAGGCCAAGGUGUCCCUUAUUUUCAUUGUUGUUUCGUUAGUUUUUAUUAAAACAAAAUUACAACAUAGCCAGGCACCGUAUCUUAUAUUGUUUGUUUUUGUAACGCAUUUGUAUGACUUCAACUUGAAGAAGACACCCAAAUACAAUUUUCAGAAGA